UUGGUGGUGCUGUUCACGAAACUGUCUGAAUUUACAUUCACCUUUGGACAUCUUUUGUCCUAAAGAUCAUUAAUAUUUUAUUUAUCAUACGCAAAUGUCGACAGCUAUGUAAUUAAAAAUGUUUCAUGCAAUACAGCCACUUCAAGUUUAGCUAUGUACCUAUCUAUAUUUACGAGUAUUAUGUAGGCUAACUUCCCCCAUAAGUGGGUACAUACAUUUUAUACAAAUCUCAAAGUUUUCACACGAAUACUUAUUUAACUUUACUCAUUAUGCAAAUUUAGUUACAAAAUCUGGAAGCUCACUCAUGCACGUAAUAAUCGAGUACAUUGGUUUAAAAUCGACUGGGCUUGAUCUGUUGUGUUUGAAUUGGCUCCUGAACAUCGCUAUGAUUACUGUGUAAUUGAGUCGUUUAUUUUACCCGUGUAAAUAAAUAAAGCGUUGUACAGCACUUUAUGUUUAACAAUUUCAAGUAUCAUCAACACUCGAUCAUGAGCGUCAUGAGCAAUAUGCAGUACAAUGUACAUACAUAUGUGUUAAAAUUUGCAAAUGCAUCACGUGAAUAAUAUUCUUCUGUCAAUCAUGUUUGUGUCCAUCAAGAUAAAUAAAUUAAAUAAGUGCCAAUCGGUGAACGAUUGAACACGACGACAUCUCACAGAUCCGUAUUCUUUAUCUGCCCUGCCCUAAAAGUAAGGAUUAUUAAUUUAAUGGCUUCCGCCACUCAGUACGUCUUGACCCUGCUGAUCUUAGCAGCAGUUCUCAUCAAUGAAAGAUCUGCCAGUCCAACCCGAAAUGUGACAAAAGUUUUAAAACAGGGUGGUAAGAAGGUCUACGCUCACGUGAUGCCGUGGUUCGAAACUAAGGAAAGCUCAGGAAAUGGGCAGUGGGGAAUUCACUGGACAAUGGCCACAAGAAACCCUGACAAUGUUGACGGAACUGGUCGUAGAGAAAUCGCUGCCUAUUACUAUCCCGACAUCAACCUCUACCCCAGUGGUGCUGAAGGGCUGAUCGACUAUCAAAUCCAGCAGAUGAAAUAUGCAGGAAUUGACGGCGUCCUGAUGGACUGGCCUGGCACUGCGCAGGCGUACGACUACCCAAAAAAUGCUCAAAACGCACAUAACUUUAUCCAAAAACUGGAAGCGGGAACCGAUCAGUCCCAAGGUUCCUGUCGUUGUCUGCCAUAAAAAUUUAUGAGGCUUUUAACAUUUAAAUAGCAAAUAAAUAUAUACAAAUCGGUGCAAAUAUGUUUCAUCCAGACAAAUGUACAUAUUUAUAGUUUACUGUGUAGUAUAUAACUGGAAAAAUUGCAAUUAGGUAUUUCAUCACAAAAGGUAAACUAAAGGUAUUACUAAUUUCCUAAACAAUAUUCUGCAUUGUUGAGAUAUUGUGACGCGAAAAAGGAACGAAGGACGCGUCUAAAGUUAGUGAUAAGAAAUCUAUUUCUGGACACUUUACUCAAUAUCACCUGAUGUGAGCGUGGCGUGGGGACGCCUUACAAAAUAGCAUAAAUAUUAGACUCUUUCUCUAUUCGACAACCACUUCAUUUCUGGCAGUCGAAGAGGUCAGUCAUUAUUAGUUCGAAGGAUCAAUUGUCUAGUGAUUUCGAUAUUUUUACACUGUCGUCAUGUCCGAGAAAGGCAGAAAAAUAGAGGGGAAAGCGAGUGAGAAGCCUCUUCCGACCAAGAAAAGAAGAUACUCUACAAGCGCACAACAACAACCACCAAAUAAAAGUCACGUUUUGGUACAAUACAGGGGUCGUUCACUGGAAUUCGUAGUCCCAGAAGCACUUCGGAGUGAGGAUCCCCAAGGACUCACGUUCCAAGUGACCGUUCUACACGGUGAUGGUGAUGACCCAGUUCAGUUAGAUUUAGUAGAGCGUGAAGAAAUGUGGUCUGGGAGGCCGGAGGGCGUGACAAUGUCCAUUUUCGAAGCUUUUAAAGCUCAUCUUCGUUGGGGCGAGCAGCCGGGUGAAACGGAUAUGCUCAUGGACUCAUCCCCUCAAUUUCUCGCCAUGAUGACAGAGAUAGGAGACAACCCAUCAAAGCCCGUCUGCAGUUUGAAACGGAGCGAUGGAACGGUGACCAGGAUUCAUCACAACGGUCAGGACGUUAUGGUGAGGUGGUUCAAAGGCACCAACGUCUACUUCAAAGUAAAGGUUGAAGGGCAAAAGUUCAUGUGGGGCUCGAAAACAGGAGAAGGUGGUGCCCAUAAAAUCUGCACCGUUAAAUCUUGCUGGUCCAUUUCAAAAGAUCGAAUUUUUGGAUAUUGCAGACCUCACUCGGAGAAGACUGAGGAGGUCAUGUUGCUCAGAGAUGUGAAAAAUUACACCAAUCCUAACAUCGUAGUAUUCUGCCCAACUCUGAAAAUGACCACCUAUACAGAGGAGGACAUCAACGAGUACGUGAGGAACGCGUGCACACGUGCCUCGUAUCAUACUUUGGACAAGUACAUGACCGACAGAGUGAAGGUGACGAAAGAUGAGUAUCCGGAUACGUGGGAGAAUAUUGUCCCGUUUUGGUUCGAGAUUGACCAGUCCCUCCAAAUGAAAACCACACAAGCAACACGACGUUAUAAUGUAAUUAGUGUCGGGACGUCACUUUUGGUCCAUUUCCAUAAUUUGGCCUGUCCAGCACUGGCGGACCAAGUAUUUCUGCAGAUGAAAGCCAUUCAUUUUUUGGGGGCGGAUUCUCAGUUCUGGGACGAGGUGUUCCAAUUCGUCGAUAAGAAUGGGUUGAAGUUCUUCACUUCUCCGCUGCCUCCCGACUACGACUUCCGUCAGACCCAGUAUUUCCCACCAGAAGACAAAAUUGUGAAAACCCUGCCUUACAGCUACCAAGGGCAUGACGAAGGAGGAGGAAUUUACGACGGCGCUACAUCAACAACGAUAUCGAUGGCAGGAUUUGGGAGUAACACGCACCGAACUCACAAGAAGACGGCUCUGACGGGGUUGGAGCACACGAUUGUCCCAUUGUUUCAAGAAAUUUUGGAUGACACGGCCGAGAUGGAUAAGACCGCUCUCCAGGCUGAAUAUUUAGGAAGCCUCUCCACCAUAAUCGCUUCGAUGUUAAAGUUGAAGAAAGAUGGUCAUCACAUUCGUCCCAUUAUUGAGCAGAUUGACCAACACUUUAACAGCGUCAAAUAUCCUGAGUUGCUGGACAUGGUAUUCGCCAUGCGUACCGGUUUGAAACUCAACGUAAACGUGGAACCCUUGCUCAUCGUAGACGGGAAACCGGAGAUUAUUUUUUAAAUCUUGUAACCGACUGUAUUUGUAUUGAUUUCGUAAUAUUGUUGUGAUUGUACAUUUUCAAUAUAUUCAAAUGUACUAUAUGAUCUGUUUUCUAAUUGGACCAUUAUGCAGCAUUUGUACAUUUCUAUGUAAUUACUAUUUUCUGCUUACAUAAAUAAAUGAAUUUCGCAAUUCAAUAUUUACCUUCCAA